AUGCCCACUUUACCUCCAACUAGUGACGAGCAGUUUUAUGACAAAUUCAAACAAAUUCCUCCAAAAAAAGUCACAGCAUAUAAACUGGCAAAAAAAUUCUUUCGUCUGCCAUCUUCUGUCCUGAAUAAACCAAGAAUCCAUCUUCAAGACACUGCUAUUGUAAUAGAUUCAUCUGGUUCCGUUGGAGAUUGUGAGUACAAGAAGGAACAGGCUAUGAAAAAUCUCAUGAAUAAUACUCUACCAACGCAAGAAUCAUGUUCAAUUUCUUUCCUGCUUCACAAGCUGCAAAAAAAUCUGAUUCAUUUUUUUUUAAAUGGAGGAACAAACACUGCUGGUGGUUUAGCAAAAGGAAAAGAUUUAUUUGAUGAUUCUACGAAAGGAAGCCGUCGUGGUGCACGUCAAAUGGUGUUUCUUGUGACAGAUGGACAUUCAAAUAUAAAUCGUCGUCAAACAGCUCCAAAUGCAAAGAAACUAAAAAAUGAUGGUAUAGAAAUCUUUGUUAUCGGUGUUGGAUAUUUUAGUGGUGGAAUUGAAGAGAUAGUUCAAAUUGCUUCGUUACCAGUAGAAGAUCAUGUUCUCAGAGUUAGGAGCUAUGGAGAUAUGAUCGAUGUUGUCAAUCGUGUGGUCAAAGAAAUUAAUCCAGGUCAAUAUGCAAUCGUGGCAAAAUUCCUCCUCCUUGUUAAAAAUGAUUAA